AUGAAGUACUUAGAACGGUGGGAGAAAAACAUACUCAUAGAUGUGAUUAGAGAAAGACGCUGGAAAAUGGUCGGACAUGCCAUGAGACAUCCAGAAGAAUUGCAUAAUAUAAUAUUAGAGGGUAUGAUAGAAGGAAAGAAAACUGCAAGACGUCCCCGAAACUCCUAUAUAGGACAAAUUAAAUGUGAUGCAAAAGUUAAAACCUUUAAGGAACUUAAAGAAAAGGCGAGUAACCGGUUAGAAUGGAGAAGUGGAGUUGUAAACUAA